AAAAAAUUUCUAAUUUACUUGUUAACGCUGAUUUUAAUUUACUCCCUUGAUGAGGCAAGUUCUUUAUUGUUCAGGUUACUAAACACAUGAACCAUCUGCUAAAAGCACCAUUCUGUGUUCAUCCCAAAACAGGUCGUAUCUGUGUCCCAAUAGACCCUGAACACUGUGAUGAGUUUGAUCCUACUACUGUGCCAACUGUUGCCCAGCUCCUAGAAGAACUUAAUGCAGCAGACAUGGAAGUAGAUAGUGAGACUGACUGGGAUAGAACCUCACUUGGCGAAUCAAUUAGGUUUUUCAGAUCAGCAUUCUUACAGCCAUUACUAAAAUCAUGCAAGAACAUUGUCGAUCAACUUUGGUGGCUCUCCAUUGUUGCUUCUGUUAUGUCUUUUACUUACUCAACUAUUGGACUUGGCCUUGGAGUUGCUCAAAUUACUGCAAAUGGAAAAAUUGGAGGGAGCUUGACUGGAAUUAGCAUAGGAACUGUCACUCAAACACAAAAAGUAUGGAGGAGCUUCCAAGCUCUUGGAGACAUUGCUUUUGCCUACUCAUACUCGAUUAUCCUCAUUGAAAUUCAGGACACUCUAAAAUCUCCACCUUCAGAGGCUAAGACAAUGAAGAAGGCAACUCUAGUGAGUGUGUCGGUGACAACGCUUUUUUAUAUGUUGUGUGGCGCUGCUGGCUACGCACCAUUCGGGCACAUGGCACCGGGAAACCUACUCACUGGGUUCGGGUUCUAUAUAUAAAUACAAUAUUAAGAUUUCAUUUUGUGUAUGCAAAUGUAAAAGACAAAUAUUAAAGUUUCUAAAUAAUAUUAAUUUUAUUGA